AUGAAUGUCCAGGACUAUUAUGCAGAUAGUGAUGACGAUUCGGAGUAUGAGUUAAGUGAUAAUUCGGAUAUGAGUGACUCUGACGAAACAUAUUCGGAGACCGAUGACGAUGAACUUGUCGAAAACGUGACCAUGGACGAAUGGCAAGUUUUAAGUGAUCCUUUUUCCGAUCAGGUUCCUAGAGCUACGCAAAAUUUUUCUUCUGAAUAUACUUUUCACCCCGCCAUUGAUAUGGAAGAGUGCAGAGAUCCAGUCAAUUGUUUCGAAUGUUUUUUAAGCCCAAAUAUCGUAGCGAAAUUAAGUGAGUGGACGAACAGAAGAGCUGAAAUGUACUUUGAACAUAAUACAAAUACAAGGAGAGUUUAUGGCGUUCAGUGGAAGAAACUAGAAAAAGAAGAGAUGUACGUUUUCAUCGCGCUUCAUAUUCUUACUGGAUUAGUAAAGUGCCCUCGCAUAACAGAUUACUGGAGUAAUAACAUUUUGUGCGCUGGUCCAAAAGUUUUCAAUAAGUCUAUUAUGAGUCGAAACAGGUAUCUUUCUAUACUCAAGUUUAUUCGGUUUUCCCCACCCGAAGCAGCAAGAAACAAUGCCCCUCUAAGCCGACUUGGAAUUUAUAUGUCCAUGCUCAAAGACAACUGCAAGACGUUGGUUGACCCUGGACCAGUGUUUGCAAUAGAUGAACAUUUGAUGCUUUAUAAAGGCAGAUUGCACUUUCGUCAAUAUAUUAAAACAAAAAGAAAUCGAUUUGGCAUAAAACUUUUUGCAAUAUGCCCAAGCGCUCCACAUUUGCGCGGAUAUACUUGGAACUUUUGUUUGUACGUAGGGAAAGACAACUUCGAUGUAUCCCAUAUUCCAGGCACCGGAAACCUCACUGUUUCUGAAAGAAUUGUCGUGCAUUUAGCUCAAAAUAUACUGAACAUUGGCCGAGAAGUUAUUCUAGACAAUUGGUAUACAUCCGUGCGGCUUUCGCAAUUUUUACUUACCCAAGGAACCUAUUUGACUGGAACUAUAAGAAGCAAUCGUGGAGUUCCCGCUCAGUUAACUAGAAUUCCACUAGAAAGGUACCAAUCCUGCUUCGUACGGAAAGACAUGCAACUGCUUGUACGAUAUAAGGACAAGAAGGAUGUUUACUUGUUGACAAGUAAGCAUAGUGCAGGGUUUUUUGAAAAAUCUCGCUAUAUGGUAGGCGGUAAACAAGUGCAUUUUAAAAAACCUGCCCACAUUGAAUUUUGUAAUCAAAAUAUGGGCUCUGUUGACGCUGUCGAUCAAGAUCUGGAACCUUACAAUUCUUUACGAAAAAGCUAUACUUGGUUUACAAAAGUGGGCUUUCAAUUAAUGCUUCAGAUGCUUCUAAAUUCUAAGGUUUUAUUCUGUAACGCUAAAGAUGAUUUCAACAUUUCGAUGUAUAACUAUAUAAAACUGUGCUGUAAUGGUAUUUUGCACAAAUACAGUGAAGGAUAUCGCUGCAUGACGGAUGCUUCUUCAUGUUAUAAUCAACCUUCAACUUCAAAAAAAAACACAAAAAGAACACGUUGUGGUUAA